AUGGAUUGGAUCUCUGUAGAUGGGCUUGACUACCGCCUCUUCGUGGUUGUCGAACACAGCGUAACCAGAAAAAGGUCCUGGCCCCACCACAUGACGAUUCGUCAAAAUGAUACCUCUUUGUGCAUCGACAACAAAACCUGUGGCUUCACUUGUGAGGCACAAUUCUGUAUCGAAGUUCGUGAUAUUCGUGAAGUGCACAGAUACAACGCUCUUGAUAACGUUUGUGAUGGUUUCACUCCAUCGGCUCGAAUUGUUGGCACCCGGAACGUCGAAAACUGGAUAAGUGCCAUCAGAAGCAUAUUCAGAAUCGCUAUCAGAGAGAACAGCCUGCUUUUUUGCUGCACGUUCAGCUGUUCCGUUGGACGCUUUUCUCUUGAGAUCGUGCAUGAAAAAAAGAAAAGUACUGGAGAAGUUGCGUUCUAUGUAGGUAGCGAUGGAUUGAGUAGUACAUCACAGGAACUGAAAAAUUCAUGGACUGCACAUAGAUCAAACGUAUGGCCAUAG